AUGUCUUUGAAAAUGUUUUCCUGCAGAGUUUUGAGUAAACUUGUAAACCACGAGUUUGUCGCCUCCAAAAAAACGCUCAGUGCACGAGAUGCAGCAGCUGUCUUGCUGGGACGGAGCUCCGCGCGCGGCUACUACAACAGCGGCAAGGCCAGCCAACCAGGGCCGGGCAAGGCGGCCCAUGUCCGGGUUGUGGACCUCCGCAGCGACACGGUGACCAAACCCGGGCCGGCGAUGAGGCAGGCCAUGGCGGAGGCCGAGGUGGGAGAUGACGUUAUGAGAGAAGACCCGAGUGUUAACGAGUUGCAGGAAAUUGCAGCUGAGAUGUUUCAAAUGGAGGCCGCUCUGUUUGUUCCCUCUGGGACCAUGAGUAAUCUCAUAGCAGUGAUGGUGCACUGCAGGGAGCGGGGCGAUGAGAUGAUUGUGGGCGAUCUGUCACAUUUACACAUCUAUGAGCAGGGAGGGAGUGCACAGCUUGCUGGUGUCCACGCCACCACAGUGGACAAUCUGCCCGAUGGAUCAUUUGACUUGGAGCAGCUAGAAUCGAAGAUCCGCCAUGGGUACCCAGACCCCCACUACCCCCGCUCACGCCUCAUAUGUGUGGAGAACACACACAACAUACAGGGAGGGCGAGUGCUGCCUCUGACCUUCCUGCAGGAGGUCCGUGCUCUUGCAGAUAGAUAUGGUCUGUCAGUUCACAUGGAUGGAGCCCGGGUGAUGAACGCUGCUGUGGCCAUGGGGCUGCCUCCAUCCACCAUACUGCAGCACACACACACCGUCAGUGUGUGCCUCUCCAAGGGUCUGGGUUCCCCGGUGGGAACCAUACUGGCUGGACCCAAAGACUUCAUAACCCGGGCAGUGCGGUGCCGUAAAGCCCUGGGUGGGGGGAUGCGGCAGGCUGGUAUCCUUGCAGCAGCUGGAAAACUGUCUUUACUAGAGAUGGUUGGAAGACUGGAGGAAGAUCACCACAAUGCAAAAACCUUUGCUCAAGCUCUGCUUGAAUGUGACCCUGCUGUAUUCGCUGUAGACAUGGCCACCGUGGAGACAAACAUCCUGCGUUUCCGUAUACAGGAGCCCACUUUAAGCCCCUCUGAGUUCUGUGCUCGCAUGGCUGAGGUUGGCGAAGGAGAGGAGGCAGCACUGGGACAGGGGAUACAAGUUCUCAUGUACCCCCAUUUUUCUAAUACAGUACGGGCUGUAUGGCAUCUUGGGAUUUCUCCUGAAGAUACGCAGCUAGCCAUCCAGAAAAUGCAACUUGUGGCUUCGCAGCAUAUAAAGGAAAAAGUCAGGGCCCAGUAAAACCUGAUUAUUCCAAGAUAUGUAUUCUUAUCACCAGGACUGAUCGUAGAAAAAGUACACAGACCAAUCUAGAUAGAGACGUCAGGAUGUCAAACACGCGACAAUUACUGUAUACUUGGAGUCACUUUUUGAAUCUUUAUAUCAUUAUUCAUCACAAUUCAUUAAGUUUUCUGUGAUUCUUAUUAAAUGUGAUGAACUGCUCUCUCGAGAAACAGUCUGUUUCCUUUUUUAUUUAUAAUGUCUGUUAUAUUUUCAGUGAAGUGACACAGUGUAAAGCCAACAAGAUAUUGGGUACACUUGCUCCAUUUUGUGCAAUAACAAUAUUACAACAUAAAAACUUAAGGAUUUCUUAU